AGAUAAAGACAGGGUUCGAAUUUGAAGUGGCAUUGACUCCUGAAACACAUUAGCAUCUCCACGGCAGGAUUAGAGGCGAGUGCGAUGUCUUUGGCGACCGGAAUGAGGAGCUCUGCGAGCGCCGGAUCAGUGGCAACGGCGGUUGAGCGACUUCCAGGAGUCCAAGAAGCCAUUGUGGAUGUCGAAGAGAUGAGUGAGAGAUCAGUCCAGGUAUGUCGGAUCCGUGUAAAUGGGAUGACUUGCACCUCUUGUUCCUCCACAGUUGAAUCAGCUUUACGAGAGGUCGGGGGCGUGCAGAAGGCCCAUGUGGCUUUAGUGACAGAAGAAGCAGAAGUAUACUACGACUCAAGCAUCUCAAGCUACAACAACUUGCUCAAAGCCAUUGAGGAUGCUGGAUUUGAGGCCACUCUUGUGAGUUCAGGGACAGAUAUUAGCAAGUUACAGCUCAAAGUUGAGGGCAUCCAAACAGAUAACCCUUCUCGUACAAUGGAAAUCAUCCGAAGUUCUCUCCAGGCACUUCCUGGGGUUCAAUCUGUGGAUGCAGAUCAUGCAAUGAGUAAGAUCUCCAUAUCCUAUAAAGAAGAUUUGACAGGACCCAGGAGCUUCGUCAAAGUGAUUGAGUCGACGGGGUCUGGCCAUCUCAAGGCGAGUAUAAUUCCUGAAGGAGUACGAGAAAGAGAAGCUCGUAAGCAAGAAGAAACCGAGCAAUACCGCAGAUCUUUUCUCUGGAGUUUAGUGUUCACCGUUCCUGUCUUUCUGACCUCUAUGGUUUUCAUGUAUAUUCCUAGGAUUAACUGUGUAUUAGAUGUCAAAGUUGUGAACGCGCUGACUUUUGGAGAAACUUUGAGAUGGGUCCUGUCCACUCCAGUACAAUUCAUCAUUGGACGGCGAUUUUAUAUUGGGGCUUUUAAAGCUUCGCGCCACGGUUCUGCUAACAUGGAUGUUCUGAUUGCUUUAGGGACGAAUGCUGCGUACUUAUACUCUGUCUACUCAUUGUUGAGAUCCGCAACUUCUCAAACUUUCAAGAGCAUGGAUUUCUUUGAGACAAGUUGCAUGCUCAUCACGGUCAUACUCUUAGGGAAGUACUUGGAGGUUUUGGCCAAGGGAAAGACUUCUGAAGCCAUUGCCAAGCUUUUGGACUUGGCACCUGAAACAGGAGUUCUCUUAACAAUGGAUGAGGAGGGCAACAUGACUGAUGAGCACGAAAUCGAUACCCGGCUGAUAGAGAAGAACGAUGUGAUAAAGAUCAUGCCAGGCGCAAAAGUAGCCUCGGAUGGUUUGGUCAUCUGGGGGCAAAGCCAUGUCAAUGAGAGCAUGAUAACAGGAGAACCCAAACCUGUGAUGAAGACCAAGGGAGAUGUGGUGAUUGGAGGCACGGUGAAUCAGAACGGAGUCCUGCAUAUUAUGGUAACACAAGUUGGAUCCGCCACUGCCCUUUCGAAGAUUGUUCGACUGGUCGAGUCGGCCCAAAUGGGCAAGGCUCCUAUCCAGAAUUUCGCAGAUCGCAUCUCCAAGUACUUCGUGCCUUUGGUCAUAAUCUUUUCAGUAUCUACAUGGGCUGCCUGGCUUUUGGUGGGGAAGUAUCAUGGCUAUCCGCAAUCUUGGCUUCCAGCUUCCAUGAAUAGCUUCGAACUUGCUCUGCAGUUCGGAAUAGCCGUGAUGGUCAUAGCCUGCCCAUGUGCCCUCGGCCUAGCAACGCCAACUGCAGUGAUGGUCGGCACCGGACUUGGGGCAUCUCAUGGUGUCCUGAUCAAAGGAGGCCAAGCAUUGGAAAGUACACAUAAGGUGAACUGUGUCGUGUUUGACAAGACAGGAACACUCACAAUGGGGAAGCCAGUGGUGGUCUACACAAAACUCUUGAAGACCAUGGAACCACAACAUUUUUACGAGCUCGUCGCUGCAACUGAGGUCAACAGCGAGCACCCCUUGGCCAAGGCCAUUGUUGAACAUGCCAAAACAUUUUGGGAAGAAGGGGACAAAUCCAUCUGGCCAGAAGCAAGAGACUUUGUCUCUGUCCCUGGCCAUGGAGUCAAGGCCAUGGUUAGGCACAGAGAAAUAUUAAUAGGAAACAAAAGCUUGAUGCUGCAACACGACAUGAUCAUUCCCGAGGAUGCCGAGAGCAUACUAGCACAGGCCGAAAAACUGGCUCAGACUGGGAUUCUAGUGUCCUUUGACCAAGAGGUGACGGGAGUGUUUGCCAUAUCGGAUCCAUUAAAACCAGGUGUACGCGAAGUUAUCUCCAUUCUCAAGUCCAUGGAAGUGAUGAGCAUCAUGGUUACAGGUGACAACUUGGGCACUGCCGAAUCCGUCGCCAAGGAGGUCGGCAUCGAAACAGUUAUUGCAGAAGCCAAUCCGGAGCAGAAAGCCGAGAAAGUCAAGGACUUACAGGCUUCAGGUUAUACAGUGGCAAUGGUAGGAGAUGGGAUCAACGACUCACCGGCACUCGUGGUAGCCGACGUAGGAAUGGCGAUCGGUGCUGGCACAGAAAUAGCAAUCGAGGCUGCCGACAUCGUCCUCAUGAAGAGCAAUCUGGAAGAUGUGAUAACCGCCAUCGAUCUCUCCAGGAAAACGUUCCGCCGGAUCCGUUGGAACUACAUCUGGGCCUUUGGUUACAACGUCGUAGGAAUACCGAUAGCAGCCGGGAUCCUCUCCCCGUUUACAGGAUUCAGGCUACCACCUUGGAUUGCUGGAGUGGCAAUGGCAGCCUCCUCUGUCAGUGUUGUUUGUUCUUCUCUCCUGUUGAAGAAUUACAAGAGGCCGAAAGAACUGGACACUUCUCACCAACGCAUGGGAUAGCGACGGGAUCAUUUAUCGCUAGGACCAUUCCCAUCCGGUGAAAGCGCACUAGGGAGUGGUGUAAAUCAACCUGGCAGAUCUGUAGAAGUAAGCAAAUGAAGUGGGCAUCAUGUACCUGUGAGCAUAUUAGUCCUUCAAUGGAAAGGAAAUAUUCUUCCUUGAAAAUCCAUUCAAUGAUACGUUCUUAGUAUCAGCAAGUGUAGGAUGAUGGGAUGAAAUCUCAAUCGACGCAAAUUUUAAAUAAUGCAAUUAAGUCCUAAAACUUGACAAAUUUGUACAAUCAAGUAUUUUUU